CACUAUGGAUGCACUUUCAGUAGACGGGCUUGUAAAGAGUGAUCAUGUUCAUAACCCGGGGAGAAGCAGAGGCAGAUCAGUGGAAGAGGAGCUGGAAGGCUUUUUAAGAGUUUACAAAGACGGCUCAGUUGAGAGAUUCUCCUGCGUUGUAUCGGAUGUCCCCGCAUCGGAAGCACCACAAGAGCCCGUGGCCUCCAAGGACCUUCUCAUGGACUCCCGCACUGCUCUCUGGGCUCGCUUCUACCUUCCCAGAAAAGCGGUUUCCCCACUCGGAAGCAGAUUGCCUCUUCUAAUUUACUUCCAUGGCGGCGGCUUUGUGCUGGGCUCGCCAGCCUGGUCUAUUUACCAUGUCUUCAUUUGCAGAUUGGCUUCUGAAACAAAUUGUCUGGUGGUGUCGGUUGGCUACAGGCUGGCCCCCGAGCAUCGUCUUCCUGUCGCGUAUGACGAUUGUUUCACUGCCGUCGAAUGGAUCCGCCGGCAGGCAGAGCAAAAACUGCAACGCUCUCAGGAUUCAUGGCUCUCAUCCUACGCCGACUUCUCGCGCUGCUUUUUAGCCGGCGAUAGCGCGGGAGGUAAUAUUGCUCACCACGUGGCACUGCGGUGUGCGCGGUUGGAUGUGAAACCGCUUGAGAUGAGGGGGGUGAUUCUGCUUCAACCCUUCUUCGGCGGAGAGAAAGUGGAGACGGGGGACCCAAACCUGUCGUGGCGAUGGAUGGACGUGUUUUGGAAAUUGUCGCUGCCGGUGGGAGCGAAGAGAGUAGACCAUCCUGCCUGUAAUCCGCUGACCGAGGCGCUGCACGAUGUGAGUUUACCGCCGGUGAUUGUUUGCAUAUCGGAAAGGGACGUGCUGAAAGAGAGAAACAUGGAGUACUACCACGCCCUCACAAAUGCGGGGAAAAAGGCGAGCUAUGUAAUUUUCAAGGACGUGGGGCAUGCCUUCCAAGUCCUCAAUCCUCGUUCUCAAAGGAUCCGCGACCUUAUCAAUGUUUUAUAUGAUUUCAUUAACGAGAGCAGUCCAUGCACUAGAUGACGUGCACCUACCUUUUACAUCCCACUCACAAUUGUUUUUUUCGUUGAUAGAAUUCCACUUUCCACAUCUAGUUUUAUUAUGAUAAUGGACAAAAUCCUGUCAUUCCUUGAUUACGUGAGAAACCAUGAUGAUAGAAGCAAGGUCAUGGACACUAGUUUGUUCCGAUACAGACAAAAUUAUUCGUACAUGGGAAAUGGGAUAACAAACUGUAACAUGAUAAAUGCUUUGUAAGAUGAUACUGCAAUCUCUCAAAUGUAUCUUCCGAGUGAUAUAAUGCUUUGUAACAUGAUAAUGCAAUCUGUAUGCGGUCUAAGGCUCUCAUUUUAUACA